AUGGCGACACGAAUGUCCUCACGCAAUGCCGCCCAAAAGGCCAAGGAAGCUAUCUCAAGUACUGCCGAACCGAGUGGGAAGCCUGGCACAGGCACAAAGCGAAAAGUCCCGCCUAAAGAGGCCCCACAGCCUAAAAAGGAGAAAAAAGAAGAUGUCAAACCACAGGAUAUAAAGCCAGAGGCACCGAAAGCGGAACCGAUAAGUACUUCGGUAGACGGCCCUUCAACGCCGAAGCCUGAAGAACAUAUCAAAGCUGAAGAGCCGCUUGAAGAGCAUGCACCAAGCGACCAACCCCCAAAGCAAGCGCCAAGUAUUGAAGCAGGUCUUCGCAAGUCUGAAGAGAGGGAGAACGUGGUAUCUUCCAACAUUCUUGAGAAAGGCUUCAUCUACUUUUUUUUCCGCCCACGGGUCAACGUGGAGGAUCCUCACAGCAUUGCGGACGUAGCUCGAAGCUUUUUUGUUCUCAGUCCUACGGCCCUCGGGGCUGAAUUUAAUCAUGGCCAAGGCCCUGUUGAUAAAGGCACUCAAUGUCGUUUGAUGAUGCUGCCGAAGAAGAAAUUCCCAACCUCAGGCAGAGAGCGAGAUAUGGGGUUCGUGGAAAAGGCCGGGCAAUCCAUGCAAUCUUUACAGGAAAAUUUCAUUGCUGGUAAAACAUACCAGACUGUCACAAAGGGUGAACGUCACACCGAAGAGGCCCGGCCAUACGCGGAAGGUGUCUACGCAAUCACCCACACGCCGCGGAACGCUCUUCUUGCCUACAUCCUGACCAUCCCUGCCGAAUUGGGGACUAUUCAAGAAGACUUUGGUCUUCGAGAACGCGGGAGCUGGAUUGUCCAAUCCAAGAAUCCCAAAUUUCUUGGUCCCCCGAGUGGUCGAUUACCAAAGAACCCUGAGUACCCUGCAUCAGUACUCGAGAAGUUCGGAGACCUCCGAUGGGUGCCCCUGCAACCCGAAUUUUUGGACUAUCCGAAUGCCCAAUUCCUCAUGAUCGGCGAGGGGCAGAAUGACCUUGGCAAAGCUGCGACUGCCCAGGGAGAGAAAUUGCCUCACGAGGAAGAGCCUGGCCAGGAGUUGGAGAAACUGGAAGAUGAAAAUGAGCAUCGAAUCGAUGCUCUACAAGGGGACGCGACGGUCUAUCAAGACCUGGGUUACCACGCGAAGAACUACCCGAAACUGCCCACGACUUGGAAUGUCUAA